AUGCCAACGUCUGGUUGUAAAUUUCGUGUAGCGCUUCAGCGCUUAAAUAUUGAGAGGCUCCUCCCUCCUCCCUUGCGUGAGAAGAGAGGCAGCAAUACAGUUGGCCGUAUUAACAACCAUAGCAGUGGUGUCGAGUUGUGUGAAUCUGUCAAUAAAGAUUUUAAGGACGUUUGUUCCACUGUUGGGAAUGGUGCUCGUGGGGUGUAUUGCAAUGGAUUGCCCUUUCAUGUGCGGUGGGACCGCAUUCAAAGAAACCUGGCAGUUUUGGGGCGUGUUUCGAAUGGGAGCACGGUGGUUCCUUAUCGUGAUAGUGCUGAGGCCUUUCGAGUCAUGUGGAAGGCUGUGGAUGAAGCCAAGCGAAGUGUUCUUUGGCAAACAUACAUUUGCAAGGAUGAUCGUAUUGGCCAGAUGACAGUAGAAAAAAUAGCGGCUGCGCAGCGCCGUGGGUGCCAGAGCGAGUUGCUGUACGACUGCGGCGGAAACAUCACGGGGCGACGUCGUCUCAUUGACAAGCUCAAACAGUCUGGGGCUAAUGUUAUUGAACAUCGCCCUGUUUUACAUCAUGUUUUGCCGUAUUUGUUUGGGGGCAUGAAGUGGGAGCGCAGCCCUGCCAUCCGCAACCACCGCAAGAUCCUCAUUGUGGAUGACAAAAUUGGUUUUUGUGGUGGACUGAAUAUUGGCAAUGAAUACUGCGGUAGGAGCCAGGGCGGGACGGGUCGCUUUCGCGAUACACAUUGCUCGGUAGUGGGCCCGGCUGUGGCACACCUCCGUGAGGCGUACGAGGACACGAAGGCACCAAAGCCGUGGCAGUGGAGCUGGACACGUUGGCGAAAAAUUGCGUCCACGACAAUGGCUCGUCGCUACAAGCAAGGAAGAAACGCAACAGAUGAUCUUCUUGGACCCAUGACAAAAUCUGUGCAGCAAAGGGGAAAGUUGUACCUGCAACAACAAAUGGAAAGGGCCGAGGAGAAGAGGGUAAGAUUUAUGGAACGCAUUCGAUGGAAGCGUCAGCGCGAGCGAUUAGAGUUAUUUAUGCGGUGGUAUCCAAAAAAAGCCGCGAGGUUGUUACCACAAAACUUGGUUCAUGUUUACUCUGAAGAUGGCACUAAAUUUCCUACGGAACGUGCAGUGGACACCGGGGCAUCAAAAGUUAUGAAGCAAAGGAUGGAGCACUAUCGUAUGCGUGCGCUUAACAGAGCCAAGGCGGCGUUGGAACGACGGUUAGCUGAAAGGCCACUGUCCAAAGCACCACUGAGUGAUGCGGAUCCUGUUCCUGGGGCGGAGGAAUAUGACAAGAUACGGCCCAAUGCUACUCAGAUCAUAUGUUGCAACCCUCACACACGGGACUGGUCGAUUCCGUAUGCCUUUUGGCAGGUCUCUCAAAAGGCGCACCGACGAUUGUGGGUAACAACCCCUUAUUAUCUGCCGCAUCGAAAAUUGUUGCGUGCUAUUCUGUAUGCUGCUCGUCGUGGUGUUGAUGUACGCAUUCUUGCUGGAAGUAAUUGUACAACCGAUCCUUGGUUUAUGUGGCACGCGUCGAAUUACAUUACCGAACGACUUCUAGCCGCAGGCGUUCGUAUCUAUGAAUACAAGGGGGAUCAGAUUAUGCAUGCCAAGACGGUGGUGGUUGACAGUAUUUGGUGUUCCGUGGGAAGUUACAACUGGGAUAUGAUGAGCAACAAGAACAUGGAAGUCUGCCUCUGUCAUUUGGGGUAUGAGAUGGCACGGGAGAUGGAGGGCCAUUUCCUUAAAGAUCUGCAGACAAGCAUUGAGGUAAAAUAUGAGGAGUAUCAGCGUCGUUCCUUGUGGCUUCGAUUUACUUCUUGGUUUUUUUAUGUUGGGCUUCAAAUUGCGGAGAAACUGACGUUCCGCACCUUUUGGGAUGCAGACCUCUCUUCAAAGGUUGACGAUCUGGACUAA